AUGACGCGGGUCAGCAUGCCAGCCGUUAUGGCUGUUGCCGCAGGAGCCUUGGUCAUGUUUGUAGCCAGCUUAAUGGCUAAUCGGCAACACAUCAAGAGGCUACAAAAGUCAGGUGCACCUAUGCCAAAACACCAUCCUCUAUUCGGUCAUCUCAUCGUGUUGAAAGAAACCAUUCAGAACUUGCCUCGCAACACUGUAAUGCAUGUGGUAGUACGGCGGAUAGCAGAGUCAUUCCCCGGCGGCGUCUUCUACCUCAACCUAUGGCCUUUCAACGCUCCUCUCAUGGUGGUCGCAAACCCUUAUGUUGCAUCGCAAGUAGAAGCUGCUUUCCUCAACAAGCCGCCCAACAUAAAUGCUACCUUGGAGGUCAUCAAUGGUGGUCCGUCUCUACUGACAAUGGAGGGAAGCACGUGGAAGAAAUGGCGAGCGCUCUUUAAUCCAGGAUUCGCUGCUGGCUACAUCACAGGACUUUCACCUGCGAUCGCCGAGGAAGUCUCAACUUUCUGCAAACUUCUCCAAGAACGCGCAAAGAAAGAUGAAGUCUUUUCUUUGGAAGAGUAUACUCUUCGGCUAACAUUCGACAUUAUUGCACGUGUUACCCUUGGCUCACGUCUAUACUACCAAACCCAAGGAAGCGCGCUAGCAGAUUGUCUCCGAAGACAAGUCUACUGGACAUCGUUCGGCACAACAUUCAACCCGUUCCGUCGCUAUCUCAGUCCUCGUCCGCUCGUUCAAAAGUACAACAAUUACCGUAUGAACCGAUACCUCGAUGAGGAAAUCGACAAGCGCUUUGAAGAGUUGGCCAGCUCCCGCAAAGACUCAUCUGGUGUUUCCCGCAAACAGUCGAGAUCUAUCAUUGCGUUGGCCAUGGACAAGUAUCUCGAAGAUGUAGAAAACAAAGAUGAGAUAUCAGAAUCUGUCUUCAAGCAGCUAGCGAAACCUCAACUUCGGUUGUUCCUUUACGCUGGUCAUGAUACUACGAGUAGCACACUACUUUACAGCUACAUACUCCUCUCGCGUCACCCAGAGGCCUUAUCUAAAGUCCGUGCAGAACAUGACAAGGUGUUCGGGUCAGACUUCUCGCUCGACACCAUCACUCGGACUAUCGCGGACGACCCCUCACUACUGAACCAGCUACCUUAUACCUUGGCCGUCAUCAAAGAGGUUCUACGCAUCUUCCCUCCCGCCGGCAGCAUGCGCGAUGGCCGUCCAGAUGUCUUCGUUUCAGAUGAGCAAGGCCACCAAUAUCCCACAGACGGCUGUAACAUCUGGACUCUCACCUUAGCUUUGCAUCAUAACCCCGAAGUAUUUGUGCAGCCAGAAGACUUCAUUCCUGAUCGCUGGUUAGUCGAUCCUGAAGACCCGUUGUACCCUAAGAAAGCUUCGUGGAGAGCUUUUGAGUGGGGUCCCCGUGCAUGCAUCGGGCAGACGCUUGCGCAGUUGGAACUCAAGAUUGCUUUGGUCAUGACGGUGAGGAUGUUUGAUAUCACUCCGGCUUAUGAGGAGUGGGAUGUGUUGCAUCCCAGGAAGGGUAUCAAGACUGUUGAUGGAAAUCGAGCGUAUCAGGCGGAGAUGGGGGGUGGUGGAGCUCAUCCGGUGGAUGGGUUGCCGGUUAGGGUUACGCUGCGAGCCUUGCUAGACUCGGGCGCAUACUCCGACUUCACCAUUACCUGCGGCAGCGAUAUGUACAACGUCCACAAGGCUGUGGUCUGCACUCGAUCGGAGUUCUUCAAGAGUGCGGAAAGGUUCGCUGCUAAUCAGCAGCAAGCGUCAAGUGCCAAAGCUGAUCUCUCCGAGGACGAGCCAGACAUCGUUAAGCGGCUUGUCAAGUAUCUUUACGAAGGCGACUACGAUACCGAGCUCCUCCUUCACGCCAAGAUGUACGAGAUAGGCGAUAAAUACGACGUCAAGGGUCUCAAGGAUCUCGCCCGCAUCAAAUUCACCUCCAUCUGCGCUCCAUUGUGGGACGAUGAGGUCUUCGCUGAAGCUGCAGAACACGCCCUCAACACAACACCGGAUACCGAUGUUGGUUUGCGAGAAGUGAUCCGCGAGACUAUUGUGGCCCACAUCGAGCUGCUCAACAAGCCCGAGAUUGCGGCGUUGCUGAGCAAACACACUGGCUUCAUGUUUGGUGUUCUGAGACGCGUGGCGGAAGAGAAGGCGGGCUUGCAGCCAGCGACCGGACUGUUGUCGGAUCGCCGUCGCCGUCGUUAUUGA